UUUCCCCUCGGGAGACUGGGCUCGCAAGCAAGGUGAAUACGGAUCUCAAGCUGGGACUCAUUCUUCAAUCACAGGUAAAUGAGCCAAAGCGCUUUGCGCAUGCGCUUAGUAAACCCAACGCCCGCUCUCCCCGGACUCCUCCCUGAGCCUUUUCGCCCGUCACCAACAUGGCCUCCGAGGCAACAGCCCCUCCUGCCCGGCGCAGACGUAGCGGGGUUAUAACGUCAUAGGACGGCGCCGGUAGUCCCGGAGACUGCACGUGGGCUCGCGUUUGGAAACUCUGCGCGGGCCAUGGAUACGCCGCUGAGGCGCAGCCGGCGGCUGGAAGGACUAAAGCCUGAAUCCCCCGAGAACCCCACCUCAGUUCUGCGGGCGAGACGGGCCCUUGUGGAGUUCGAGUCGAACCCAGAAGAAAGGAGGGAGCCCGGGUCUCCUCGGGGUGUGCGGCCACCUGGCCUGGAGUCUCCCAGACAUCAGCCGGAGACAAGCCCUGAAUCACCCAGUUUACGGGAGGAGGCAGGCUUGGGGUCCCCCCGAGAGCAGCCAGAGCCGGGCCCAGGGUCGCCCCAGCGUCAGCGAGACCCAGGCCUGGAGUCGCCCCAAAGACAGCCGGAAUCGAGUCCUGAAUUCUCCCGACUUCAGCCACAGCCAAGUGGGGAGUCACCAAAGUUUUCCCAGGACCGAGAAGAAGCGGAUUCGGAGUCGCCCAAGAGUAAGGAGGAGCCGACCCCGGGGUCCCCCCGACAUCAGUUGCAGCCGAGCCCAGGGUCACUAGAGCCUUACCCCGGUCAGCAAGCGCCGGGUCCCGAGCCCUCUCAGCCAGUGCAGGAGCUGACACCCCAGUCGCCCGGCUCCCCACGGGAUCAGCGUGAGCCGAGCAAGCCACCGCCGGCCGGGCAGCCGGAGAGAGACGGCCUCGGGCCAAAGAAGCGAGAAGGUUCUUCAGCCCAGGCCGCAGCGUCCAAGAAACCGAAGAAGGAGGAGGUUCCUAAAAUCCCGAAGGGGAAGCCCAAGUCUGGACGGGUGUGGAAGGACCGCUCAAAGAAGAGGUUCUCCCAGAUGGUUCAGGACAAGCCCCUGCGCACAUCCUGGCGGCGGAAGAUGCAGGACCGGCAGGAGAGGAAGCAGGCCAAGGACUUCGCCCGGCGCCUGCAGGAGGAGAAGGAGCAGCGCCGGCAGGAGAAGAAGCAGCGCCGUGCCGAGAACCUGAAACGCCGCCUGGAGAAUGAGCGGAAGGCGGAGAUCGUCCAAGUGAUCCGAAACCCCGCCAAGCUCAGGCGAGCGAAGAAGCAGCAGCUGCGCUCCAUUGAGAAGCGCGACACGCUGGCCCAGCUGCAGGAGCAGCCGCCACGGCGGCCAGCGGCCAAGGUCUGAGCUCAGCGUGGCCGAGGCCAAGCACCGUGUCACACAUGGCGGCCACACGCCUCCGCUGACCCAGCACUCCAGCUCCAUGGCUCCACCCGAGACGGGGCUCUGAGCCUUCAAAAGGGCUCACAGGCAGGUCUUUGUGGCACAGAGACCCAGAGGUAGCCUGGGGCCUGGCAGAGACUGGAGGAGGGAGGAGGGUCAGCUUGCUCCUCCGCCCCUCCCCCCUACCC